AUGACGGCCAUCGAGGAGCGACCGAGGCGUGGACGCGGGCGUCGAUGCGCGCUGCUCCAACGCACCCUCGCCGCCACAACCACCGCCCUCGUUGCCCUCACACUGGCCCAGCUGCCCACCGCCGCCAACGCAUGGUACCUCCCCGGAAGCGCACCUCGCUCCUACCGCAAGGGCGACCCCGUCCCCUUCACCGUCAACGCGCUCGAGGCAAAGGCCUUCACCUCCCAGGUAAAGAGCGUCCUGAUGUACGACUACUACGACCCGCGCUUCCAGUUUUGCGCACCCGACGGAGGGCCAAAGCCAGAGAGCGAGGGCCUCGGCAGCGUCCUCUUUGGCGACCGCAUCUACAACAGCCCCGUACGCGCGGCCAUGCUCCAGGACCAGACGUGCAACGAGCUAUGCCGCGUCCGCCUCACCCCAGACCACGCCAACUUCAUCAACGACCGGAUACGCGAGGAGUACGCAGUCAACUGGAUGGUCGACGGCCUCCCCGUGGCCGAGUCGCGCAAAGAGGUCAAGACGCACGAAGAGUUCCUCUCGACCGGCUUCGCCCUCGGCCGCCUGCUCGACGAGCACUUCAACCCCUACGACCCGCCCGCCCUCAACAACCACUUUGACAUCUACAUCGACUACCACCAGCGCGCACCCAACGAGUACCGCGUCGUCGGCGCCAAGAUCUACCCGCUCACCAUCGACUCGCUCCGCGGCGUCGGCGCCAACCAGCAGCCCAACUGCAAGGCCGCCGGCUCGGUCCAGCUCAGCAACGCCUCGACCACCGACGUCGCCUACACCUACAACAUCUACUGGAAGCAGAGCGACACGCCCUGGGCCACCCGCUGGGACGCCUACCUCAAGGUCUUCGACCCGCGCAUCCACUGGUUCUCGCUCGUCAACUCGGUCGUCAUUGUCGCCUUCCUCUGCAUCAUGGUCGGCAUGAUCCUGAUGCGCUCCGUCAGCCGCGACAUCAACCGCUACAACGCCAUCGACCUCACCGAAGACGUCCAGGAAGACUUUGGCUGGAAGCUCGUCCACGGCGAGGUCUUCCGCCCGCCGCGCCAUCCCAUGCUCCUCUCGGUCCUCGUCGGCUCCGGCAGCCAGCUCGUCGCCAUGGCCGCCGUCACCCUCGUCUUUGCGCUGCUCGGCUUCCUCAGCCCCUCGAACCGCGGAUCGCUCGGCACCGUCAUGAUUGUCACCUGGACCCUCUUCGGCAGCAUCGCCGGCUACGUGUCGAGCAAGACGUACGCCAGCCUCGGCGGCGACAACUGGAAAAAGACCAUCUUCCUCACCGCCACCCUCUUCCCCGUCGCCGUGUUUGCCAUCGUCAACCUGCUCAACUACUUCCUCAUCUUUAGCGGGUCUUCGGGCGCGGUGCCGUUUGGCACGUUCUUUGCGCUCAUCGCAUUGUGGUUCCUCAUCAGCGUGCCGCUCACGCUGCUCGGCUCCGUCGUCGGCAUCCGUCGAGGCGGCUUCCAGCACCCGGUCAAGGUCAACUCGAUCCCUCGACAGAUCCCGCACCAGCAGACGUGGUACCUCCGCCCGCUGCCGUCGGCGCUGAUGGCGGGCAUGCUCACGUUUGCCUCGGGCUUCCUCGAGAUCUUUUUCAUCCUCAACUCGAUGUUCGGCACCAAGGUCUACUACGCCUUUGGCUUCCUCGCGCUCGCAUUCAUCAUUACCGGCAUCACGACGGCGACAGUGACGAUCCUCUUCACCUACUUCCACCUGUGCGCCGAAGACUAUCGGUGGCACUGGCGCUCGUUUAUCACGGGCGGAGCGGGAGGAUUCUGGCUCUUUGCCUACGGUCUCUUCUUCUGGACGUCGAGACUCGAAUUGCCAGGUACGGCCAACAAGGUCCUGUUCCUCGGGUACCUGACCAUCCUCUCUUCGCUCUUUUUCGCCCUGUUCGGCGCCGUCGGAUUCCUGGCUACCUAUGCGUCCUUGAGGCGCAUCUACUCUGCCAUCCGAGUCGAUUAG